ACCUUCCAUCUCCUCUACGGCUCUCCUCUCCUCUCUCUCUCCUCCUCCUCCCGGCGAAGCCACGGCCGGCCAUCUCCGCCCCUCCCCCGGGGAACCGUCCUGGAGCCGCGGCGCGGACGGCCUCCCGCUCUUCCUCGUCGUCCCGGCCUCCCCCUAGCCUUGCCCCCUCUGCGGCCCCCUCGCGCGCGCGCUCGGCCGGCGAGCAUGCCUGGGCUAGGGUUGACGACGCGCCCGCGACCGUCCCGACGGCCUCCGUCGCGAAUACAGCCGAACUGAAGUGGUAAUUGCAAGCGGCUUGGUUCAAAACAAAAAUAAAGUUGGGGGUAGUUUUGGUGGGAAAUUUGAGGGAUCUGUGAGCAGAAAAGGAGGAAAUUGGUGGUGAUUAAGGGAUUUUCUCCAUGGUGGGGAAGGAAUUGGUGGUGCGAAAGAACGUCCCCGUGGACAUCCGCGAGAUUGCUGCCAAGGCGACGCUCCGGGAGGUCCGGCAGAACGGGCACACCUAUGUGGAGCUCCGCCGCGUCGGCAAGCGAGUCAUCUUCUUCUGCACCAUCUGCCUGACUGAAUGCUUCAGUGAUACCGUGCUGUUUGAUCACCUGAAGGGGAAUCUGCACUCCCGGCGGUAUGCGGAGGCUAAGGUCACGCUGUUUGGGCCCAUGCCAUGGCCGUUCAAUGACGGCGUGCUCUUCUUCAACAACUCACGCGAGAAGGAUCCACUCUUGCUGGACUCAAGUUCACAGAACAACAGAGAGCUGGCGCUUGUUCCUCAGCCUGAACGCUCAGCAAAUGAUGUUGAAGUGACUUCGAGGUUGAAAGAUCAGUCUGGCUCUCAUAAUGGCAAGAGAGGGUCACGCCAUGGUGCAAAUGCGCAUGCUAAUGGUAGAGCUGCUUCUGUAUCUGAAGGUCAUGUGUUGUCAAACCAUAACGGGACUGAUGGUCCUCUCGUAAUUCCUGGUGUAUUGCUGAAGGACGUUGCUUCAGAUUUGCCUGUGCAUCUUUUGGGAUAUGGAAAUAUUGCAUACAGGCUCUGGGAAGUUAGCCAUGGAUCUAGAAAGAUUAGCAAGAUAUGGUGUGCUUGGGUAGGACAGGAUGGUUCCUGUGGCUUAAGUGGGUGUAACACUUACGAGCAAUCUGACUUUGCCAUUGUCAACUUCACUUAUACAUAUGAGUUAGGCAGGAAGUGGUCUUCUGAUGAUCAGGACCUUCCUAUCUCUGCUGGAUCUUUCUUCGUAAUAGAUGAUGCUGGACAUCGUGGAAAGAGAAGGAAAAAAUCAUUUUCAGACCAAGAAGCUUCUUCAGAAGAGUCCAAUGGGCAGAGCAGCUCUGCGCAUGACAACAGCCAAGCUAUCAUAACAUGUUCACCACCAGGUGCUUCACACAAUCUUCAAGUUGGCCUCUUAUCCAACAAAUCUAUGAGGAGAGAGUUGCGGAAGCAGAAGCGUCUCGCUGCUGAGAAAGCUUGUGAUAUUUGUGGGCGACCAAUGCUUCCUGAAAAGGAUGUAGCCACCUUGUUGAACUGCAGGACAGGAAAUCUAGCUUGCAGCAGCAGAAACUCGAGUGGUGCUUUUCAUCUGUUUCACACUUCCUGCCUUGUACACUGGACUAUUUUAUGCCAAUAUGAGAUGCUAGCUGACAAAAUUGCGAACAAGGGAAAAAGCAAUAGAGGAAGAAAGGCAAAAAAUGCACCUAAGAAAAUAACAUCCAUCCUUUGCCCAGAAUGUCAGGGAACAGGAAUCCAUGUUGAGGGAGAUGAACUGGAAAAGCCAACCAUUUCUUUAUCUGAGAUGUUUCGCCAUAAGCUAAAAUCCAUCGAAGCACACAAAGCAUGGAUGAAGAGCCCUGAAGUGCUUGAGAACUGUUCCACUGGACUUCAUUUCCCUGCAGAGCAUAUAGAGAACUUUGAGGCGGAGCUGGAGGCGGCGGUGGGCGGGGCGCGGGCCGCCGCGGUGCACUUCUGGGCGGCGUGGUGCGAGGCGUCCAAGCAGAUGGACGAGGUCUUCGCCCACCUCGCCGUCGACUUCCCCCACGCGGUCUUCCUCCGGGUUGAAGCUGAGGAACAACCAGAAAUUUCAGAGGCAUAUGGAGUUACAGCAGUGCCAUAUUUUGUUUUCUUCAAGGAAGGUAAAACUGUCGAUACUCUAGAGGGUGCAAAUCCAGCCAGCUUGGCCAACAAGGUUGCCAAGUUAGCUGGACCUGCCAGCGUUGCUGAGUCUGCCGUGCCUGCUAGUCUGGGUGUGGCUGCUGGGCCUACUGUACUUGAAAAGGUCCAAGAAAUGGCACAGCAAAAUGGAGCCUCUGCUACUGGAAGUACACACACUAGUACUGCUGAAGAUGCAUUGAAUAAGCGAUUGGAACAACUUGUCAAUUCGCAUCCUGUCUUUUUAUUUAUGAAGGGAACUCCUGAGCAGCCAAGGUGUGGUUUCAGCCGAAAAGUAGUUGAUGUUUUGAAGCAGGAAGGAGUUGAAUUUGGGAGCUUUGACAUCCUUACAGAUAACGAUGUACGUGAAGGAAUGAAGAAGUUCUCAAACUGGCCAACUUUUCCUCAGCUUUACUGCAAAGGUGAGCUACUUGGCGGAUGUGAUAUUGUGAUUGCUAUGCAUGAAAGUGGUGAACUGAAGGAUGUUUUUAAGGAGCAAAACAUUCCUCUCCAGCCACAGGGAGGCAAAAAUGAGGAGGCAGUGAAAGCUGAACCUGAUACUGAGAAGAGUGGUGCAGUUCCUGUGUCAGCUGGGCUUACUGCAGCUCAGAAAGAACGUUUGGAAAGCCUUGUUAAUUCCAGCCCAGUUAUGGUAUUUAUAAAAGGUACACCAGAGGAGCCCAAGUGUGGAUUCAGUGGGAAACUUGUUCAUAUUCUUAAGCAAGAGAAAAUCCCGUUCUCAAGUUUUGACAUUCUUUUGGAUGAUGAGGUUAGGCAGGGCCUAAAGGUUCUCUCAAACUGGCCCAGUUACCCUCAACUGUACCUUGACGGUGAACUGGUUGGUGGUUCAGAUAUUGUUAUGGAGAUGCAUAAAAGCGGGGAGUUGAAGAAGGUUCUAUCUGAGAAAGGGGUUAUUCCAAAGGAAAGCUUGGAAGACCGAUUGAAGGCCCUAAUUUCCUCUGCUCCAGUUAUGCUUUUCAUGAAGGGCACCCCAGAUGCUCCUCGCUGCGGCUUCAGUUCGAAGGUUGUGAAUGCACUGAAGCAGGCAGGAGUCAGCUUCGGAUCGUUCGACAUCCUGUCUGAUGAAGAAGUUAGGCAAGGUUUGAAGACAUACUCCAACUGGCCCACGUUUCCUCAGCUUUACUACAAAUCAGAACUGAUUGGGGGCUGUGACAUCGUUCUUGAGCUGGAGAAGAGUGGAGAGCUGAACUCCACACUUUCGGAGUAAGGAGAAUUUACGUCCUAUCUGCAUCUCUCUUCCUGGUGUUUCUACCAUCCGUCGACCAUCGAGUUUGCCCUACUGAUGGCAUUUUCUUAUAUUCAUAGAUCCGUAUUUUAAACUUAGAAUAUGCCUGUGCCACAUCACCUUAACUGUGACAUCUGCAGAAGAAUAACAACUAAGACGACAUGUCCAGUACGGCUCAUAUUACCAGUUCCUUUUGCCAUCUUUUUUGUCACUCUAUCAGGAAGCUCUGAAACUUGCCGCAUUAUCACAAUCAAUAGACAGCAGAUGGAUGCUUUGAAAUGUAUACAGUGCAGAAUUUAUGCC